AUGGUUGGGAAGGGUAACUUCUGGAACGCCGCGAUCUGCCUGUGCUGCCUCGUCCUAGUGUCCAUAUGUAGUGGCGUCAAACUGAGCAGAUACCAGCACGGUAGGCCCCCGAGGAGAGGUUGCCUUAUGGACUUGUCCGCCAGUGGGAUGCCGCGCAGGCUACGCAAGGGGGAGGGAGAGCCAAUCAAGGGGUGCAGCAGCGCAGAUAAGGGCAGCAGCGCAGAUAAGUGUAUCCCCUCGGAUAAACACAACUUUGCCAGUCAGGACAACCCCGCAGGUAGGUGCCCCCCCUCCGAUCGCUGGAACAUCCUAAUCAGCUGCUACGAUCAGUGGGACGCCUUCCGCAACAGCUUCCUCCUGACAGUGGAUGAAAAACAGUGUGUGCGGGACAUUAAGCAGCAGAUCGAAAAGACCCACGGAAUCCCUGCAUCCUUCCAGCAAAUUUUGUACCAAGGGAAAUCGCUAAAUGAUGACGUGGUGAUCAAAAAUUUAACCAAAGGCAUAAAAAUUCAGAUUUUAAAUUUAACCCUCGUGACGAUGCUGCCGCAUAUCUUUCCCUUACGUGAAGACAACUCAGUCAAUGAAUGGGAAAAAAAAAAAAAAAAAAAACAGUUGGAACAAAAAAUCAAGUAUGUUAGCUAUCUAGCUCUUCUUGAAGAAUAUAAAAAGCUGCUACACCAUUUGGAGAAAAAGAAUUAUGUCGUUUCUGAGGAAGACAUUGCUCACUCGUUCAGUGCAUUCGAUAAAGAAUUUCCCAAAAUGGUACAUGCUAAGGGGAUAAACUUGGAUAAAAUAAAGAAAGAAAUAGAGGAGCUGCAACAUGUGGAUAAGAAAAAACUGAUGCUGCGUCUGGGAGUGGAUUUUCCACUAAUGAGUAAUCUCCUAGUCGACAGACUCAAGGAGCUUGUGAAUUUCUACUACCUAGGCGACAUAAAAUCUGUUGUUAAAUUUUCUCUGUUCUUUUUCAUCCUGUAUAAGUAUGCCAAUUACCCUCCUUAUGCCUCACAAACUUCCUGUCCGCCUCCUACCAGCAGAUCCUCAUGUGCCAGUAGCCCCGCAAGGGUGCCCACGGAUGGGGGCGGGGUGCAAAGAGCGAAGCGGAGAACGAAGCAAAGAGCGAAGCGGAGAACGGAGCAGAGAACAAAGCAGAGAACGAAGCAGUGA